AUGGCGCAGCCUGAAUGGCGCGCCCCGACGUCCUCCCAGACCGGCCUUCCAAAACUCUCCAUCUACAACUCUCUAACUCGAAACAAGACUCCCUUUGUGCCUCGAGAAGGCAAGAAGGUGAGCUGGUAUGCUUGCGGGCCCACAGUAUACGAUGAUUCGCAUUUGGGACACGCGAGGAAUUACGUCUCGCAAGAUAUCAUACGACGGAUCAUGCAGGAUUACUUCAAGUUUGAUGUCACCUUCGUCAUGAACAUUACGGACGUCGACGACAAGAUCAUCUUGGCUGCGAGAAAGCAAUACCUCCUGAAUCAGUUCCUCUCCGAACACAAGUCCGUAAACGAUGAGCUCAAGAGGACUGCACUGGAGGCAUAUCGAGCAUACUUGGCGAAGAAUCUCCCCUUGCUUGGUGACACAAAGCCUGAGUCAUACAAGGAGGAAUCAAAGAAGCAGUAUGGUCAUGUGUUAGAGGGCAAGAGCUUGGCAAAUGAUGGCACACCACCCGGCGACAAGGAGGCGAAGGUCAAGAUGUACCUGAACGAAGCAUCAUCAGCUGCAGAGGCAUUACAGUCGGAUACAUCCUUCGAAGACUUCAAGACCAAGGCCGCCAAUGUUCUUGGACCAUACAUCGACUCUCUACGAUCGUCCACAGUGCAGGGCAAAGACCAUGACAUCUUCACACAGCUCACGAAGAAAUAUGAAGGUCGCUUUUUUGACGACAUGCACGCAUUGAACGUCCUCGACCCAGACAAAUUGACCCGUGUCACCGAGUACGGACCACAGAUUGUCAAAUUCGUCAGGCAAAUACAGGACCACGGGUUCGCAUACGAGAACGAGGGCUCCGUCUACUACGAUACGUCUGCCUGGGAAGAGACUGGAGGUGUUUAUGCCAGACUGGAGCCAUGGAACCGAAACGACAAGGAACUACAAGCUGAUGGCGAAGGGUCGUUGUCUGCAAAGAAGACAGGCUUCAAGAAAUCGGGCGCAGACUUUGCGCUUUGGAAGGCAUCGAAAGCAGGCGAGCCUAGCUGGGAGUCGCCGUGGGGCGAGGGCAGACCCGGGUGGCAUAUCGAGUGCAGUGCAAUGGCAUCAGAUGUUCUUGGAAAGCAGAUUGACAUCCACUCUGGAGGCAUCGAUCUCGCAUUCCCGCAUCACGACAACGAGCUUGCUCAGUCUGAAGCCUACUGGGCCAAGUCGGGCAAGGAGAGUGAGCAAUGGGUCAACUACUUUCUGCACAUGGGUCACUUGAGCAUAUCCGGCAGCAAGAUGAGCAAAAGCUUGAAGAACUUCACCACAAUCAAAGAGGCACUCAGCAAGGGCGACUUCACUCCAAGAUCUCUUCGCGUCAUCUUUCUCCUCGGAGCUUGGAGGGAUGGGCUUGAAAUCACUCCAGACCUACGGAAAGCCAGUGUUGCCUGGGAAGAAAGAGUCGACAACUUCUUCCUGAAAGUGCGCGACAUUCAAUUGCAUCCAUCCAGUGGCCUGACUGAGGGACUCAGCAAUGGCACCACCGCUCAUACCCAUGAGCUUGAUGCACUCCUUGAGUCUUCCAAGCAAAAGCUCGACGAAGCACUUCUAGAUUCUUUUGACACCCCCACGGCGAUGCGUAUCUUGUCAGACUUGAUAACCGCAUACAACUCGACAGCCAGCGUUCCAGACGCCACCUCCGUAGCAAUUGGCAAAUGGAUCACCGAGGUUGUGGUAAUGUUUGGGUUGGAUGGCGAAUACAGACAAGGUCAGAUGGGCUGGUCUGGCGUUGACAUUCCUGAGAAGGCAAAGCCAUUCGUCUAUCCCCUAUCAUCGCUCCGAGACAAGAUCCGUGAGCAGACCAAGAAGGGAGGGGUCGACUUGCAGUCACUAGGCCGCUUGGACGAGAAGGACACCAUGUACGAUGACUCGCAACCAUACGCUAGGGCGAACGCAGACUUCCAGAGGAAGGUAGUGGAGCUUCACCAGAAGAACGCAACACCGCAAGAAUACCUCGCGGCUUGCGAUCAUCUGCGAGACAGCGUGCUCUGGGACCUGGGAAUCUACCUCGAAGAUCGAGAAGGACGACAUGCCCUUGUGAGGCCACUUUCUGUGUCUUUGCAGCAAGAGAGAAAAGAUCGUGAAGCAGCGGCAGCAUCAAAAGCGGCCGCCAAGGAGAAGGCCAAGGCAGACAAAGAAGCUGCCGACAGAGAACGACUGGAAAAGGGGAAGCAGUCUCAUCUGGAUAUGUUCCGAACCAGCGAGUACACCGAAUGGGAUGCGGAGGGACUACCGACCAAAGAUGCAGAAGGUAAAGAGGUUGCCAAGUCGAAGUCGAAGAAGCUGCGAAAAGACUGGGAGCGACAGAAGAAGCUGCAUGAGGCGUGGCAGGAAGCGCAAGGGAAGUAG